AUGGCUGCGCUGGAGACGGAGCGGCGGGAGCUGACAGAGGACGUGAAGCAGAGCAAGCGCGCGCUCGAGGACCACAUGCGCAGCAGCGAGGAGGUGAAGCGUGAGCUGAAGGAGCAGCUGCGCGUGGCCGAAGAGAACGGCAAGGAGGCGUGUGAGCUGCGCGAGUUCUUCGAGCACGAGAGUGGCGACCUGAAGGCGCUCAAGCUCGACCUGCAGCGCGUGCUGCAGUACGUGCGGGUGCGCAACCGCGAGGUCACGGACUAG